CCAAAGUGCUGGGAUUACAGGCGUGAGCCAUGGCACCCAGGCUUAUACUUUAAAUUUUUUAAACAUUUAUAGAAAUCAGACCACUACUUCUGCAGAACAGCAUCUUACUGGUAAAAAGAACAGCCCGCAUGAAGGAAAACUGAUUUGGUGGAAAGAUGAUAAAAAUAAGACAUGGGAAAUAGGGAAGGUGAUAACGUGGGGGAGAGGUUUUGCUUGUGUUUCACCAGGAGAAAAUCAGCUUCCUGUUUGGAUACCCACUAGACAUUUGAAGUUCUACAAUGAACCCAUCAGAGAUGCAAAGAAAAGCACCUCCAUGGAGACAGAGACUCCGCAAUCGAGCACCGUCGACUCACAAGAUGAACCAAAUGGUGAUGUCAGAAGAACAGACUAAGUUGCCAUCCACCAAUAAGGCAGAGCCGCCAACUUGGGCACAACUAAAGAAGCUGAGGCAGUUAGCUACAAAAUGUCUAGAGAACACAAAGGUGACACAAACUCCAGAGAGUAUGCUGCUUGCAGCCUUGAUUGUAUCAACGGUGUCUGCAGGUGUACCCAACAGCUCCGAGGAGACAGCGACCAUCGAGAACGGGCCAUGAUGACGAUGGCGGUUUUGUCAAAAAGAAAAGGGGGAAAUGUGGGGAAAAGAAAGAGAGCCAGAUUGUUACCGUGUCUGUGUAGAAAGAAGUAGACAUAGGA